AUGACGUUCGGUGAAAACAUGAUCUUCAUGCUAAAUCGCGCAGAUAGGACGCCAGAGGACUUGUGCAUGCAGCUGCUAGUGCUCAAGAUCCUGUACCUCCUGUUCACGACGAAGGGCAUGGCGGAGUAUUUUUACACGAACGACCUGUGCGUGCUCGUGGACGUCUUCCUCCGCGAGAUCGGCAACAUCGACGAGGACAACGAGUCGCUGCGGCACACGUACCUCCGCGUGCUGCACCCGCUGCUCACGAAGACGCAGCUGCGCACGAUGCCGUACAAGCGCGCACAGAUCGUGCGCACGCUCGAGUCGCUCACCGCGCACGAGUCCAUCCGCGACGUCGAUCCCACGACGAAGCGCCUCGUCGCGCGCUGCCUCUCGGGCGAGUGGUGCGUCCAGUUCCGCAAGGCGUGCGCGGAGGCGCGCCGGGACAGCACGUCCGAGGAGGGCCUACACCGGCCCGCCGCCAGCCCGACCUAUACCACGCUCUCUGCUCCGCAUAGCAGCAGCGCGUUCACGGAUCCGCCGGCGUUGUCGAGAGAGCGGACGGGAUCGAUUAGAGGGCGCAACCUGAAGGCGAGCCGCAGUGCGGAGCACCUGAACAAUCAGGGGAAUGCUCAGGCGAGGGCGCCGGCGCCGGCGAAACCGCCCGCGCGCGGUUUGCACUUGGAGGCUGUGCGACAUACGAGCAACGACAGCUCGAUGAGCUACCCCCGGGUGGCAACUGCAAGUCCACCGAACUCCACGCGACGACGAGACCGUGCGGGCUCUGUCGAGGUGGACCCUGUGCACGACCGACGGCCGUACAUCAUGACGGACGCCACCAUGCUAACCCAGGAGCCGAACGAGGAAGGCUAUCCUGCGAUCCAGAUUAUAUCUCCCGGCAGUCCCCCCGAGCCGGAUUCACCGAUGUCGACGCUGUCGUACUCGUCAUCGACCGCGGUACACUCUCUCGCGCAUUCGCACGGGCAUGUACAUCCAAUUCCGCACAAUAAGCCGGUGGGAACCGCGCAGCCGCGCAGGCUCGCGCCAGUACCGCCGAAGCGGCGAAAACCGCCUGCGGUGCCCGCGCGGACGAAUGGCGGUACGCUGUUCACAACGAUCGCUGCGUCGACGUCGCAGCCGUCGUUGUUGACUCGUCGGUAG